AUGUCGAGACAUAUUCUCCGACCUCUUCGCCACAAGCCAUGGCCUCAGUCUGAAACUUCGGCACGGGAUGUAGACCAGGGUUUCAUCCAGGAGCAGACAGCGCCGUACACAAGUCUGAAGUGCUUCUACCCAAUGCAAAUGGGUGAAGUGCUAGACCACCGCUAUCAAGUCACGGCAAAGCUCGGCUGUGGCGCCCACUCAACUGUCUGGCUUGCGCGCGACCUCUGGUAUUGGAGGUGGAGGCCAGACGUAUAUGUUGCUAUCCAAGUCAGUGUCACUGGUGACACUGACGAGGCGGGUGCUGGUCCUGAGGAGCCGGUCAAACUACAGCAUAUCAGUGCUGCAAAUCGCAGACACCCUGGUCGCGACUUGGUGAGCAUCAUACUCGACAAUUUCCAUCUGAAAGGACCAGCGUGCCAGCAUCUAUGCAUGGUGUUCGAGCCUCUUAGAGAGCUUCUCGGCCUGAUCAAGUACAAGUUCACUACAGAGAUGAUCUCUGUGCCGCUUCCGAAAGUGGUCGCUCGGCAGGUGCUACAAGCUCUCGACUAUCUGCAUAAUGAAUGUCACAUCAUCCAUUGUGACCUCAGCGAAUCGAACAUCAUCUUCAAUUUUGCGGAGAAAUAUCGCCACAGCAUCCUGGAUCAGCACUCAAAAGACGAACGCACAGAUUCGCUGCCGGUCAAACGGCUGACUGACAGAGUGAUCUACCUCCCACACAACGACUUCGGCCCCUUAGUCCCCCAUAUCGGUGCAGCCAUCGUCCUCGACUUCGACAGCUCCGUACGUGGUGACAGCGACGAGGAUCGUAACCACGACAUCCAGCCACAGGGUCUCACCGCACCCGAGGUCAUGCUCCGCGCGGGAUGGAGCUAUAGUGCUGAUGUAUGGAUUUUUGGCGCUCUGAUUUGUGGGCUCAUGGGAGGAGAGCCUCUGUUCGAUGAUGCGAAUAGGAAGCACUGGCAGGAGUUCUCCGAGCCUUUGAGCAUGGCUAGGAUGAUUGCGUUCAUGGGUCCGCCCCCAACGGAGCUGCUCGAGCGCUCAGCACGACUCGCGAAUUUCUUUGAGGGUGAUGUGUUCAAAUUCCCGCAACUUGUGCCGGAAGAUUGCUCGUUUGAUACAUUUUUCGCCCGUGUCGAAGGUGACGAGAAGGAGGAGUUCGUUGCUUUUGCUAAGCGCAUGUUUACGUGGCUGCCGGAGAACAGAGCGACCGCUGCAGAGUUGCUGGCUGAUCCUUGGUUGCGGCGGGACCGAUAA